GUCGCUCAAACUCAGCUUCCCGACCGGUACGGGGGCUUAAAGCCGCACCUGCUGUGCCAUGCGGCGGAGACGCGCGCGCUGCAGUGACGGAGGGGGAGAAGAGUGCUGGAGGUGCCUCUGGAAACGAUUGCGUAAAGUGGGCGGGUCCGCCUGCGACAGCCGAGCCGUGAUUGGCUGCUCCAGGAGGAGGCUGCCAUGACACACUGGAUGCUGCACAGGAUCAGUUCCACAGCAUCAGCAGCCAGCAGACCUCCAUCCUCCUCGUUAUCCCCGUGUGUUUCUCUUUUUUCUCCCGCUUUGCCUCUCCUCCUCUCGCCGCCAUCCUCGCUCUCUCUCUCUUUUGCCUCCCUUCUCCUCUCUCCGUCUGGCUGAAGCGGCGGACCUGCCCGGAGCUCGCUGCAGAACAGGACGCGCGUUGCCAGGAAUAGCAGCAGCAGGAACAGCAGCGGCGGCGGCGGCGGCGGCAGGCGGACUGGUAGGCCACUUCAUAUUCAGUGUUCGAGCCGCCGGUUCUUCUCCUCUGGGUUUUUGUUCCAGAGACGCGUGUCCGCACACGUAUGUUUUCUGGUGAUGACUUUGCUGAACGUCUAACAAAGGUCACGGCAGCACGUUCCAGCCGCGUGUGCCGUGAGCCUGCCCAGUCACGGCCUUCUUCUCUGCUUUCCAAAACUAUCUUCAUCCCCAGCCUCUCCAGCCGCCUCUCCCUGCCUCACGUCCCCCCCUCACCGUUUUCCUCUUUUGUACACGCCUCCAUCUCCUUUUCACGCUCCUCCAGUCCCCGUUUUUCUUUCCCUGAAAACCAACUUUCUCCUCCCCGCUUCUCACUCACCCCAUCUCCUCUUCUCCGUCCCGCGGGCUGGUUUCCCAGGAUGCCCCGCUCCAGGCCGCUCCGGUAGGCCCCAGCAGCAUGGGCGGAGACUGGGCGGCGAGUGACAGCACGGAUCGGACCCUUCCCUUCAGGACGGGCGCGCUGGCGGGUCAGCCUCCCUCAGCUUCAGAUGGGCGAGGACGCUGAGAGUCCCAAAAUCAACCACACCUUCCUGCGGGACUACGUGACUGAAGCUGAUGUCAUCUCUACGGUGGAGUUCAACCAGACGGGGGACCUGUUGGCCACAGGGGAUAAAGGUGGCCGAGUGGUCAUCUUCCAAAGGGAGACUGAUUCUAAAGGGGAGUUAGAGGACGCAGGGGAGGCGGGAGACUCUGGAGAGUACAAUGUCUACAGUACGUUCCAGAGCCACGAGCCAGACUUCGACUACCUGAAGAGUCUGGAGAUUGAGGAAAAAAUCAACAAGAUCAAAUGGCUCCCGCAGCAGAACGCAGCACAUUUCCUCCUCUCCACCAAUGAUAAGACCAUUAAACUGUGGAAGGUAAGCGAGCGGGACAAGCGACCGGAGGGAUACAACCUGAAAGAUGAGGAGGGACGGAUCAAGGACAUCUCUACCAUCACCUCCCUGCAGGUGCCCGUGUUGAAGCCCACAGAUCUGAUGGUGGAGGUCCGCCCCAGGCGGGUGUUCGCCAACGGACACACCUACCACGUCAACUCCAUCUCCGUGAACAGCGACGGGGAGACCUACCUGUCGGCGGACGACCUCCGCAUCAACAUGUGGCACCUGGGCAUCACAGACCGCAGCUUCAAUAUCGUGGACAUCAAACCCGCCAACAUGGAAGAUCUGACGGAGGUGAUAACAGCGGCCGAGUUCCAUCCCCACCACUGCCACUUAUUCGUGUACAGCAGCAGCAAGGGCACCCUGCGCCUCUGCGACAUGAGAGCCUCGGCGCUCUGCGACCGACACACCAAGCUGUUCGAGGAGCCCGAGGACCCGGGGAACCGCUCCUUCUUCUCAGAGAUCAUCUCCUCCGUGUCUGACGUGAAGUUCAGCCACAGCGGACGCUACCUGCUGACCAGAGACUACCUCACCGCUAAGGUGUGGGACCUGAACAUGGACAAGGGCCCCGUGGAGACGUACCAGGUCCACGAAUACCUAAGAAGCAAGCUGUGCUCCCUCUACGAGAACGACUGCAUCUUCGACAAGUUUGAAUGUGUCUGGAACAGCUCCGACAGCGUCAUCAUGACGGGCGCCUACAACAGCUUCUUCCGCAUGUUCGACAGGGAGACGGGCCGCGGCGUGACGCUGGAGGCGUGGCGGGAGAGCAGCAAGCCCCGGGCGGUCCUGCGCACCCGCCGCAUCUACACCAGCGGCAAGCGUCGCCGCGGAGACGUGGGCGUCGACAGCCUGGACUUCACCAAGAAGAUCCUGCACAUGGCGUGGCACCCCGCUGAGAAUAUUAUCGCCAUCGCGGCCACCAACAACCUGUACAUCUUCCAGGACCGCGUUAACGCUGAGACGCAGACACAGUGACGGCGAUGGGAAGGUGGACGGUGCUUUUAUUAACGGUGUUUAAAUAUAUUUAGUAUAUAUAUAUAUAUAUAAAUAUAUAUAUUAAGUAUAUUUGGGUGUGGCUAUUGGACAGCAUUUAUGAGAAGUCUACGUCAAGAUGUUUCACAACACGAUGAAACUGGCAUCGUUAAGACUGUGAAUGACUUUGAUCCUCGUGGAGGGUGUGUAAUAUUUCUAACACUGAGAAAAGCUGAUGUUUUUCGCCACCGCUCCCACUUUUUGAAGUCACCGGUGUGACUUCGGCGAGGUGCAGGGACACCUCUGCUGUCCACACCGAGUUCCACCCCUCACUAACAACAAGUAACAAAGCCCGAAAGGUCGCGUGGCGAUUAGAUUCCAAAAUGGCUGCAUGUAAAUAUGAGCAUUUUCACAUGUUGGAAUGUUGGCAGUGGUGUCGUUGUACAGUCCUUCACCACAUCCUGGAGCCUUUUUUUUUUUACUGGGUGACAGCAGCAGCUCAGCCUCUCCUUCCGAGCAGUGCUCCUGGGGAUCGCAUGCAUCGUUCACCGGUCAUCUUUACCCUAUUCACGUUGCAAUAACAGCACAGCAGUAUUCAUGCGCCGGCCUUCGACAGGUAACAUCGACGUGCACACUGUUUUUACCAUUAGCUGUAAAUACUGUGUUCUUUUUCUAGGGCGGGAACCAGUUUUGCGUCCUGAGAGCUAAAAUAUAAUUGAUGGAAAUGUAGACUUGCUGGACUGUUCCAGGUAAAGGCUGUACAGUACAUACAGAGGUGUCAGUGGUUGUAGUGAGGAAGGGAGUCGUGCGCAAACCUGCACUUUGUGUUUUGUGAUGUAUAUUGAAUUUUCAGUUUGAGAUCAAGGUCUUUCUUCUUAUCAAGGGUCAACAUACACUAGUUGCAGAGUGAAUGACUUUAAUUCAAACUAAUUUACUCAAAUUGAAGCUGAUUGGUGAACAAAUGUAAAAACUGAAUUGUUGUUAAGUGUUAUGCUAAUUUGCUAAUGUUUUUUUUUAAAUGAAUACGCACAUUUUUGAGAAGGGAUCCCACAAUCAAAGCAAAAGCUGAAGUCGAAGCACAUUGUGUGUUAACGAGGCCCCUGGUUCAGCAGAUCGCCGUAUUGUCGACCGGUGUUGUGUCCUGUGCGUCCAGACGUCAUCGGUGAAAACGAAAAUGUCUGUAACACUGAGGUUCUUAUCGUCGUUCUAUUUUAUACCUCGCAGUGCCGCACGCCGCCAUGAUGGUGUGACGCUGAAUGCAGCGGAGGCCGUGUCUGUGUUGGCGUGAACUGUGUGACCUGCUCGUGUUUACAGUGAAGUGCUUUGUUUUCAAGUGACCUUGGCCCUGAUGGGAUUAUUGUCAGUGAUCUCAGUAUGAUGUGUCCUGUAGCAGCAGAGGUGUCGAGGUAGAGAACCCCCCCCCCCCCCCCCCCCCCACCACCACCACCAAACCUAACAGCUGUUUGGUGGUUAAGCAACAUUCCACUGUGUAAACCUGCAAAACAGUCACCACCCUUUUCUCCCAUUCACUUUGAAAGUAACCGCUCACGCACGUUUCUGUUGCAGCGUAGGAGCCAGAGGUCCUCCCUGUUUGUUGAGGACAGGCACUGGCCAGUUUAGCAAAGUAAACCGCAAGGCAACGCGCAUAACGACCAGCAACCAGUUUAGACUCAGUCGUAAUCGCAUCAUAACCGUCAACACGUGCAGCCGGCGAGCGGAUGUGUUCAGGAGCACAGCAGCAGCAGCAGCAGCAUGUUUGUCAUGUCAUUACUCAGUGCUACUAGCGUGUAUAUCUAUCAUCUAAAAAAAUGAUUCAAAUGAGCUGGAUGAGAGAAUGUGCAUUAAUAAAUAACACAGUCUGACUAAA